CGAAGCUGCAACGAUGAUAUCGUCGAGGUAGAUGUCGAUCACAAGCUGCAUCACUCGCCUCAUCCAGCAUUCCUGCAAGCAUUCUUACUAGUAUCUUCAAAAUGGUCGCUAUCCUCCGAACCGCUGCUCUCCGGGUCUCGUCCGUCGGCGUCUCUGCCAGGUCUUUCUCGACCACCGUUGCUCGAAAGGACUUGGUUCAGGACCUGUACUUGCAACAGCUCAGGAGCUACAAGCCCGUUCCCCAGGCCAAGGACGCCCACGUCGGAGUCGUCAAGUCGUACACCGCCCCCGCCUCCCCCCAGGCUCCUUCCCUUCCUUCCGACCUCUCUGCCGAGCUCUCCAAGUUCGACGCUACCGAGCCCACUCUCGCCUCGGCCCCUGCUGCUGCCACUCAGGACGUCUCUGCCGACGCCGGUGAGGGCAACGCUGGCGCCAAGGAGUACCUCGCUUUCUUGGAGAAGGACCUGCCCAAGGCCGACGCCCACCACUAGACGACUGCUGCGAGAUAGAGGGAAGAGGAAGGGGUAUGCAUAAGAUGGAUCAAGAAAUCGGAUCGACCGAUGGAGCUUGUAUUACAAACCACGUCGGGCUGGUUCUAGAAGUACGGACAUCUGGAGACAAAAUUAUAUUGGACACUGAGAAAACGUGAUCGUAUCCGGUCGUCAAGUCGUUAUCGUUCCAUCGAGGACGCCCUCCCGUCAUCAAUCAGAAUCCACCACUACAAGGUCGACGGCGUCAACCCGAGACGCUUGACGUCGACGUCUCUCAGGCGACCCGUCCACCUCAACUUUUGCCCGAUGACGCCUACGACUCGCUUCCCGUUCCCGUUCAAGAGCGAGCCGAUCCCGUUCAAACUCGGCGCGUUCCCGCUCGAGUCGUUCUCGGUCGCUAUCGAUGCGUAGGCGAGCUCGUCCAA